GUUAUUAUUAGACUGAAAGCUUAUAUGAUAGGCAGCCAAGAGAGCAAAGAUUGUUGAUCAUCUUGACUCCACAAGUGGUCUAUACAUAGGACCAGUUCCAUUUGAAAAGGAAAUAUAAAUACAGAGCCUUUGCUUGGCUUAUAUUUAUGAAUAAAGGGACAGAGGGAAACAGAGAGGGAGAGAGAGAGAGAGAGAGAGAGAGUUGGGUUUUGGUCCUUCAGGGUUGAGUAGCUUGGGAAAUGAUUUCAACUGGGUUGUCUUCCGUUUUCUCUGGCUGCAGUGAUGCAGCUGGAAUUGCUGGGAACAUCUUCGCCUUUGUGCUAUUUUUAUCACCCAUACCAACAUUUAGGAGAAUUAUCAAAAGCCAAUCAACAGAACAGUUCUCUGGAUUGCCUUAUGUGUAUGCAUUCUUGAACUGUUUGAUCUGCCUGUGGUAUGGCCUGCCCAUCAUAUCACCUGGGAUCAUAUUAGUUGCAACAGUAAAUUCAAUUGGAGCAGUUUUCCAAUUGAUCUACAUAAGUAUCUUCAUCUGGUAUGCUGAUAACUCUAGAAAGUUGAAGAUGUCAGGACUACUGGUUGCAGUUGUUGCAGCAUUUGGUGUGAUAGCCUUUGUGAGCAUGGCAUUUUUUGAAUCUCAUGCUCGGCAAAUAUUCGUCGGAUAUUUAAGUGUUUUUUCUCUCAUUUCCAUGUUUGCAUCUCCUCUCUGUGUCAUUAAUUUGGUGAUUAAGACAAGGAGCGUUGAAUACAUGCCUUUCUAUCUCUCGCUUGCGACCUUCGUGAUGAGUCUCUCUUUCUUUGCAUAUGGAAUGCUGAAAUUUGAUCCUUUCAUUUAUGUCCCGAAUGGAAUUGGAACAAUCUUGGGUAUAUGUCAAUUGGUAUUGUACUCUUAUUACAGCAGCAAAUAUGGUGAAGACUCGAGCGAACCCUUGCUAGCCCCAUAUGCCUGAGCAUAUAACUUGCAAUAAUUCAUGGAGUUUGGGUCUGAUAUAGUGAUCAAAAGUUGCGAAAUAUCGACGGAUAUGCUGCUGCAUGAUCAUUAAAGUUAGAUUAUUAUUAGAUCAUCAAGGGAUUUCAGUGAUUCUUGUGGAAACUGAUGAACUCUUAUUUGCAAGAGAAGAGGAGAAUAAGAUGAUUGAUAGUGAUUAGCGAGACAACAAAAUUUUCUUGCUUGGGACCAAGAGGUGCUAUUGAUGAUUACCAAUCAUCUAUUACAAUAGAAACCUUACUGUAUAUGAUACAAUAGUAACCUCACUGGAUUGAGGGUGUCAAUACACCACCCACCUUUACCAAUUUUAUGGUACUGUUUUGGCUUUGUUAGAACAUUAUUUGUAACUAACAAUCCUAGUGAUUGUUUUGUUUAUUUGUAAUUAGCAAUUCUGUUAAUUGUUUUCUGCUA